GGUGAGGGUCAUGUCCGGUCUCACGCGCCGUUCCGUCCACCCAGUUUAUCUCCGGAGCCGAGUCUGCUCGGCCCCUGCCAGCUGACAGCGCCGGACUUGUACACUCCAACCUCCUGUUUAGACAACAAUCAGCUUUGAGCUAUAUUUGCGAGCAAUGACGUCUAUCACCGUUUCAGACAUCGAGGUUGCUGCAACACCGGUCCAGCUAGUCAAGUUCAGAGGAUCCGGCCGGCUUACAACACGCCUUGCCACACCCCUCCAGGGACCAAACGCGGCCUCGCACAAGGACGGCGACCCGGUCAUCUCACUCUACCAGCCAACAUCCGGGACGGCGUUCGACCCGCGCUGCCGGUACUCCCUCCUGCUCUCCACGUCCGAGACGUCCCGCAACCCGCUGUUCCACCAGGCCUGCAUCUACGUCCCGGAGCACGACGAGCUGUACGUCACCUCCGGGCUGCUGCAGACCACCAGCAGCAGCGCGCUGCCCGUCGUGCUCAUCUCGCGGGUGAACCUGCGCCGCAGGGGGAAGCCCGAGAGCAGCGGCGGGCAGUGGGAUGAGGACGAUGACGACCCGGUCGGCGGCAGCGACGACGACGUCAUCUCCGUAGAGUGGCAGAAACUCCGCCCCCCGCAGAGUAUGGCCAUGCCGGCCGGCGGGGUGCGGUACGGCGGCGGCGGCAGCGGCAGCAUGGUCUUCUGCUCGCAGGGCAGCCUGGGCGAGGAGAGCACGGGGGGCCUGUACUUCAUGCGGAGGGGCAAGCCGCCCGAGGCGCUGGUCGCGGGCUUCUACGGCCGGCGCUUCAACUCGCCCCACGACGUCGCCGUCUCCUCGCGCGACGGCGCGCUGUGGUUCACAGACCCGUGCGAGGGCUUCGAGCAGGGCUUCCGCCCCCGGCCGCUGCUGCCCUGCAGGGUGUACCGGUUCCACCCGGAGUCGGAUGACCUGCGCGUCGUGGCUGACGGGCUGGCUCGGCCUGGAGGCAUUGCAUUUAGUGGGGAUGAGAGCACGGUGUAUAUCACUGAUGCCGGUGUGGCCGAGGGCGAGGGCGAGGGCGGUGUGGGACCCCCACGGGAAUCGGCCAUCUACGCAUUUGAUGUGGUGACAAGGUCUGGCUCCCCCUUCCUCGCUAACAAGCGCGUCUUUGCCGUGCCCACCACGGGCAUACCGACCAGCGUGAGAUGCGGCGCGAACGACUUUGUGUACGCUGGGUGCUCUGGCGGUAUAGAAAUUUGGAAUUCGGGUGGUAUGCUGCAGGCUGUUGUGGAGAUACCUGGUGGUGUCACUAGUUUCUGCUUUGGCCGCCAGGAUGACACGCGACGAGAGCUGUUCGUGUGCGCGGAACAGAGGCUGUGGAGGCUACGGUUCGGCUGCCGGUCAAAGUCCAUACUGCCAUUCGAACGAGCCGGAUGGUUUGAGUGGAGCGAUCGGACCGCACUCGUGACAGCAAUGCAGCGGCCUUCUGCUUGACGGCGUGCUGUUUGGAAAAGUCUCGGGACAAGCAAGGUUGUUCUGAUCUCCACGGGCGACCGUUUUCUGCGCCCACCAUGAGACGCAUUGAAGGGACGUGCCGCACAAAGAAACCCCUGGGCAUCAGAGCCUCUGCCGGGGAAUGGCAUUCUGCGAUCGUUAUUCAUGAUGCUCAUGUAGAUCUCCGAGAUAGACUUCGGCACUAAUAGCAUCACCUAGCAUGAUGCUUUAUGCAACUCUGGUACAGUUGUGCGUCUGUGUGUUCGACUAGUAUUAUUCUCAAUACAUAUGUCAGCAAUUUGUACUCA